AUGGUUUCGCCCACCACACUUGAAUUGCGACAGGGUGUGGUAGGUUUUACAGGAGAAACUGCGGCUUUACCAAGAAUUUCACAAUUUACCAUAACCAUGGCUUCUGAAACAGAGGUAGCUCAAGCUCUGGAUGAGAUUACUAAAGAUUUCCUGACCUGCUGUAUUUGUUUAGAACAUUAUCAACAACCAAAAGCUCUUCCAUGUUUGCAUACAUUCUGCGAACACUGUUUGAUUAGUUUGGCCGAUAAUACUGACCUGGAUUUUAAAUGUCCAACAUGUUCUACCCCUUGCGAUUUGGGGGAAAAAGGAAUAGCUGGACUCAAAGGUAACUUUUUUAUUUCAAGUCUUCUUCAUGAGAUGCAACGAAGGGCAAAGAGGCUAUCCAAAACUGCAUCGGUGAAAUGUGAGGGAUGUGAGUCUAAUCCAGCAUCUGGAAUAUGCAUUAUAUGUGAACAAUACCUGUGUGAUAACUGUGUCAAAGUGCACAAAAACGUCACAUCAACACGUUCUCACAAAGUUUUAUCUCUCGCUGAACUGAGCAUACAGUAUACUUACAUUCCACAUCCAUUUUCACCAAAAACGGCGAGGCUCUGUGACAUUCACCAAGGCAGUGAAUUAAAGUUUUUCUGCACUACUUGUCAAGUGCUAACCUGUAGAGACUGCACAAUUGUAACACACCGUGUACCAGAGCAUGUCCACAAACCCAUUAAAGAUGCUGCUGAUGAGUAUCAAAGUUUCUUGGUAAAGAUGUUAAAGAUGCUGGACAAGAAGACAUCUGAGGUGUCAAAGAGAAUAGCCAUAGCAACUGAAAAACGCGAUAAGCUGGAUGAGAAUUUCACAAAAGAGAAGGCAGCAGUGCAGACUGCAUCAGAUGAGGUGAGGUCAGAAAUAAGUAAGACUGAACAAGACGUGCUUGAUGAAUUAGAAACAGAAAGUGUGGAAAGAAUGUCACGAUUAAAUACACAGACAAAUGAUCUUGAAUGUAAACAUAGCGCUUUCAUGCAGACAUGCAAUGACAUUCGAAAGUCCUUAGAGUUAGAGAGUGGUGCACAACUGUUAACUUCCAAAAAUACAUACACAAAACAAAUUGAAAAGCUGCUUGCUGAAGAUAUUGAUAUAAAAGUUGUAGAGAAUGAUCUUCAUGUCUUGCCUCGUGUAGACAAAAUAACAUCUAUGUUUAAACCCAGACGGACAGUAUGUUUAUCACAGUGUACAAUUGGUGGUAGUGUAGAAUACCUGCUACACAAAGGCCAAUCAGUUGACUUACCCAUUUCCACCAAAGACUGUACGGGCAGACAUAUAGUGAGUGAACACGAGGUGAAGGCAAUUCACAUUAAGCCAGGUGGCUCACAAAAGCAGAUGGAAGUGACUGAUAACGAUGAUGGCACCUACUCUGUUACAUUGCAUGGUGACAUAGAAGGAAAUCAUGAAAUUAGAAUAAUGGUUGGAGAUACACCUAUCCCAGGACCACCAUUCACAGUUAAGGUCGUCAAAGGCUUAGUCAAAACCAUAGGUCAGAAAGGAGAUGGCGAAUUGCAGUUCAACAACAUUCGUGGCAUUGCAAUAAAUAAAAAUGGCGACAUUGUAGCUGCUGACAAAGAUAACAACAGACUGCAGAUCAUAGACACGGGUGGGAAGUGUAAAAACACAAUACCAAUGGGCAGAAAGUUUAAGCCAGUAGAUGUGGCUGUUUUAAAUGACAACACAUAUCUAGUUAUCGGUGAUGCAAUGAAUUCAGGAGUUGCUGUGAUUAGUCCCUUUGACCAAACUAUUUCGUACUUUGGUGCUAAUGAAAUAGAUCGUGCAAGAGGCAUUGCUAUAUGUCCAGCUACAGGUUUAGUGUAUAUUAUAAGUGAAAUGUGGAAUGUAUUUGCAAAAGUGUUUACACAAAAAGGUGAAUUUGUGAAAUCAAUGAAAUUGAAAUGGUCCACUCCUACCUGUAUUAAGAUCGACAAUGAAGGCAGAUUGUUCGUAUGUGUUAACCUUGAUCAUAAUGCGGCAGUGUAUGAUAAUAGUGGGGAGCUUCUAUACAGAAUUUCAGAAGCUGGAAAGUCAGAUGGAAAGUUGACAAACCCAAUAUAUUUAGCUUUUGAUAAGCAUGGGUAUCUGUAUAUUAGUAGUGAUCAUAAAGUACAAAAGUUUGACUGGCUAGGAAAUUUUAUCUGUCGAAUUGACACAAAUGAAGAUGGAUUGAAACAUCCAACGGGAAUUGCAUUGAUGGAUGAUUUAUCAGUUAUUGUUGCUGAUAACCAUAAUAGUUGUAUUAAAGUAUUUGUACAGUAA